GUGGGGUGGAGUCAAGGUGGAGCCACAGGUUGUGUGGAUGGCCUGAGCAGCUCCCCAAGGGCGGUGUGAGAAGUGGGCACCAUGUCUGAGGGAGCGUACCAACGCCUCUGGGACACCUCCCACGUGGCCCUGCAGGAGCUGCUGGACCAAGAGCAGCCCCUGCUCCAGCCCGUGCCGGACCGGGAACGGCAGUCGUUCCAGUACAGGCUCUCGUCGCUCUACCUGCACUACCUGGGGCUGCUGCGCCGGUUCGACACCCUCCAUGACCAGAUGGUGCAGCCGCAGAAGCGGCGGCUGCUGCGGCGCCUGCUGGACAGCGUGGCCGGCCGCGUGCUGGAGCUCAAGGACGACCUGGUGCGCGCGGACCUGAGCGAAUACCACCGCCUGGACCGCGUGCUGCAUGACCUGAAGUUCACCACGGCAGACCUGGAGGUUCCAAUCCCCAGAUACUUCCUGCUGGAGCAGUCCAGCAUUCUGAAGGAGCGGGAGCUGAUGCUGGCAGAGAUCCUGUCGAGAAUGGAGCCAGUGACCUCCAGGGAGCGUUUUCCAGAACUGUGCCGGACCGAGGCCAUAAUCCUUCUGCAAAGGGCUGAGCGGGCCAGGCAAGGCCGGCUCCGAGCCAUCUUCAUGCGAGAAAUUCGGAAAGAGGAGGAGCGGGAUCGGAAGAUUCGAGAGGAAGGUUGGCACAAGUUCAGUCAGGACCAAGCAGCUGUCACCAUUCAGAAGGUGUGGAAGGGUUACCUGCAGAGGAAACGCACUCAGCAGGACCGGCGAACUGAGAUGGAGUUCAUCGGCAUGCUCCCUUCGCCUAACAAGGUGGAAAGCUUGGGUAUCAUGUUCCAAGCUGGCCUCAGGGACGAUGUCCGGAGGCUCUGCCAGAUAGAGAAGGAGGAGGAGCUCCAGCUGGCGAUGGUGAAGACUCAUGAUUCUCUCAGAGAGACAGAGGGACCUGACAUAAAGGAGAAACUGAAGGAGCAAAUCCGACAGUGGUUUAUUGAGUGCCGUGCCCUUACUGGUCGAUUCCCUGAUUAUCCAGAUGAGGCUUUAGGUGGAUCCUACCUGAUCUUUGCAGACAAGACUCCAGAACAGCUGAAAAUGGAACUGGAGGCGCAGGUCCAGGAGAGCAAAAAAAAGGACCAAGAGAAAAAUAAGGAAAAAGAAAAGGAGAAAAAAGAGAGGAAGAAGAAAGGGAAGGAAACAAAAACCAGGAAGGGGGAAGCAGACGCAAUACUGAAAGUCUCACCAUCCAAAUUUAUACCUGUGAUUAAUGCCGCACACGAGGAGUAUAUAACUGUCUGGAGGAGCCGGCAUGAGAGCGUACACCCCAAUCAGAGUUUUGACCCCGAGAUGCUCCGGGUGGAGAAGAGGAAGGAAGUGGAGCAGGAGAUCCGGAUACAGGUGGAUGAGUUGAUGCGUCAAGAGUUGAAGAACCUGCGCCUGGCUGUGGACAGGGAGGAGGAGAGAGUCUUGAAGGCUCCGAAGAAAAAGACCGGGAAGAAAACUGGGAAGAAGAAGGAAAAAGAUCUGACCCCAAACAGGACCCUGGACUCUCUGUUUGAAGAGCUUGUGGUCUCUGGCUUCCUAAGGAAGAGUCAGACUGUGGCCUUGAAAGACUACAUUGGGGACUACCUCUAUCUUGGAUCCACGCUGAGUUUGGCAAACAAGUUGCCUAUGCCUUCCCUGUUUGACAUACGACAGAACGUGGCCUUGUACGCGGUCCUUCGGCUUGGCUCCCCAGAUAUACACUCCAUGGCUCCCCUCAUCCGUUCCAUCCUCCUGGUGGGCCCCUCUGGCACGGGGAAGAAGAUGUUGGUCAAGGCCGUGUGCACAGAAACCGGUGCCAACCUGUUUGACCUGUCACCGGACAACCUGCAGGGCAAAUAUCCUGGCAAGACCGGGGCGCAGAUGAUAGUGCAUAUGGUCUUUAAGGUGGCUCAACUCUUACAGCCCUCUGUUAUCUGGAUCGGGAAUGCCGAGAAGAACUUCUAUAAGAAGGUCCCAAAAGAAGAGAAGGAGAUGGAACCCAAGCGAAUAAAGAAGGAUCUCGCCAAGGCCCUGCGACUGCUGCACCCGGGAGACCGUGUGAUGCUGAUCGGGACCACCAACCAGCCGCAGCUGGCGGAGAUGCAGGGGCUGUGCCGGACCUACGAACGGAUCCUCCUCGUGCCGCGGCCCGAUUAUGCUUCUCGCUACGUGCUCUGGAGGCAGAUGAUAGAGGCCCACAGAGUCCACGUGACCCAGGGCCUGGACAUCAGUGCCCUGGCCAAGGUAUCUGAUGGGUACACACCCGGCCACAUUCACCAAGCUGUCCAAUCAGUGCUGACCGAGCGGCGGGUCCUACAGUUGUCAAAGAGGCCCCUGGUGGCCUCGGAGUUCCUGGGGCAUCUGGCGAAGCUGGAGCCGGUGUACCGGGAAGAGGAGGAGUCCCUGAAGGAUUGGUACUUCAAGACCCCACUGGGCAAGAAGAGGCUAAAACUCAGCAAGGACCAGGAUGCUGAGGAGGCCAAGCUGGCAAAGGAGAAGAAAAGGAAAUGAUGGCUGAGGCCAGGGCUCCCGGGCUUAGCAAGGGGGACUGGGCGGUGCCCGCAGGUGGAGGGCCGGGGGCAGAGACAUAAACGCCCACACGGCUUGGGGAGCAGCU